AUGGUCAAGUAUCUAUUCACACUUGUCUGCUGGGUGUUGUUUGCGACGAUGUCUCCAAGGUGCCAUGGCCUUGAGAGGACGAGGCUUUCCCUGAUGAGAUCCUUGAUGAGUGGUACCGGCACGAUCUACCUCAGGGGAGGGGUCAGCAAAUACUACAACCACACGGCUCCUUCGCUGAGAGGGGGCAUUUUCGAGGAGCCAAAAGGCGGAAUAUCCACCGAUGAAGGGCAAUCUGUAUGGAACAAGGGAGGAUGGUCGUUUGAAGAGCGCGAUUACACGUCGUGGUGCCGCAAGCGGAUGGAGAGCCUGCUUCGAGACAUGCCGUGCAAUGGCGUCUACUUCAGCAACAUCUCGAGGGUGUCAGGACAUGCGCUCGUCACUUACCGUCAAGGCAAGAAACGCGCAGGAGUGAACUGGGACGACGUGGUGCUGGAUUGGCAGUUGAGGGAUUACCCCGAUGCCAAUGGUUCCCUCACCAUAAGGGACUUCUUCUCUGACUUCCCUGAGGACAUGGAGAUGUUGGUGUCGAGCUCGGCCCUUCUCUACUCUAGGUUCAUCGCUGACUUGUGCUCGUGGCAGGUCAGGUCUUGCGGGGACGGCAGAUGCGGCAGCGACGCGCACCUGAGGGACCGGGUGUUGUCCUGCGUGACAGACUUCCAGGGGCUGUUGGACAAGCUGGUCGAAGAGAUGAUGGGGAUCAAGUCGCAGAGGUCGGAUGCUUCUCGUCCUCACGACCCGUCCAAGGGCGAAGGUCAAGAGAUCAAGGCAGGAUGA